AUGUCCCGCUCCAACAGCGUGAGCCCCCCGGGGUUGGCAGCCCCCGCGGCGGCCAGGGGCGGGUGCGCCGAGCAGCACCGGUCUGCCUGGGGGGCAGCCGGACCCCGAGCCAAUGGCUACCCCUACCCUUUCCCUCCCAGGGCCUCCCUCGAGAAGGCUGCCCGCAUGGCGAGCAGGUGGCGGAGCGAGGAGGACUGCGAGCCGCCCGGCGGCAGGAGCCGGGGGGUGAGCGGCUGCAGGAUGGCGAGCUUCAGGUCCAAGCCCGCCUGGCAGGAGCCCGGGGGGGAGCGGAGCCAGCGCUCGUGCUGCGCCAGGGACCCCUCGCUCGCCACCAGCCCUCGGCGCUAUGGCGGGGAGCAAGGGGAGGUGCGCCCGCGCUCCGUGGAGCUGGGGCUGGAGGAGAAGCGGAUCCAAGCCAAGAUCGAUGAGCUGGAGGAGGAGGAGGAAGAGCAGCUGGAGGAGGAAGGGAGCCCUGCGGCCGGCUUCUCCAUGGGAAGCUGCUGUGGCGGCCUUCUGCAGGUCUUCAGGUCCAAGAAGUUCCAGUCCGAGAAGCUGGAGCACCUCUACCAGCGGUAUUUUUUCCGGCUCAAUCAAAGCAGCCUGACCAUGCUGAUGGCCGUCUUGGUCUUAGUGUGUCUGGUGAUGCUGCUCUUCCACACGGUCCACGGCCACUACCGAGUGCCCUACGUGGUGGUGCUGUCCCUGGCCAUCCUGCUGAUGGUGGCCCUGGGCGCCGUCUGCAACCGGAACGAUUUCCACCAGGACCACAUGUGGCUCAUGUGCUACUCGGUCAUUUUGGUUGUGCUGGCUGUGCAAGUUGUGGGCUGUUUGCUGAUGCAGCCCAGGAGUGCCUCGGAGGGCAUCUGGUGGACCAUCUUUUUCAUCUACAGUAUCUACACCUUGCUCCCGGUCAGGAUGAGGGCCGCAGUCAUCAGUGGGGUGGUGUUGUCUGCCAUCCACCUGGCCAUUUCUCUUAAGAUUAACGCAGAGGACAAAUUCUUAUUGAAACAGCUGGUAUCCAACAUCCUCAUCUUUACCUGCACAAACAUUGUAGGAGUGUGUACACACUAUCCAGCCGAGGUGUCCCAAAGACAGGCAUUUCAGGAGACCAGGGAGUGCAUCCAAGCUCGGCUACAUUCUCAGAGAGAAAACCAGCAGCAGGAGCGCCUCCUGCUCUCUGUACUUCCUCGUCAUGUUGCCAUGGAGAUGAAAGCCGACAUUAAUGCCAAAAAAGAAGAUAUGAUGUUUCAUAAAAUUUACAUCCAGAAGCAUGACAAUGUCAGCAUUCUAUUUGCGGACAUCGAGGGUUUUACCAGCCUGGCCUCCCAGUGUACUGCUCAGGAGCUGGUGAUGACGCUGAAUGAGCUCUUUGCCAGAUUUGAUAAACUCGCAGCUGAGAAUCACUGUUUACGUAUCAAAAUCCUAGGUGACUGCUAUUACUGUGUGUCCGGGUUACCUGAGGCAAGAGCAGACCAUGCACACUGCUGUGUCGAAAUGGGAGUGGAUAUGAUAGAGGCCAUCUCAUUAGUGCGGGAGGUGACGGGUGUCAACGUGAAUAUGCGCGUCGGGAUCCACAGCGGGAGAGUUCACUGUGGAGUCUUGGGCCUCAGGAAAUGGCAGUUUGAUGUGUGGUCAAACGAUGUUACUUUAGCCAAUCACAUGGAAGCAGGAGGCAAAGCAGGGCGGAUCCACAUAACAAAAGCUACGUUGAACUAUCUGAAUGGUGACUAUGAAGUGGAGCUUGGUUUUGGAGGGGAGCGCAAUGCUUAUCUCAAGGAACACAGCAUAGAGACCUUCCUCAUUGUACAAUGUAGCCAAAAAAGGAAAGAUGAAAAAGCAACAAUAGCCAAAAUGAACCGUCAGCGUACUAAUUCCAUUGGCCACAAUCCUCCACACUGGGGAGUGGAUCGCUCCUUUUAUAACCAUCUUGGUACUAACCAAGUCUCCAAGGAGAUGAAAAGAAUGGGUUUUGAAGAUCCAAAAGACAAGAAUAUCCAGGAAAACAUGAAUCCAGAAGAUGAGGUGGAUGAGUUUUUAGGUCGUGCAAUUGACGCCAGAAGUAUAGACCGAUUACGUUCUGAACAUGUUCGCAAAUUCCUCUUAACAUUCAGGGAGCUUGACUUGGAGAAGAAGUACUCCAAACAGGUGGAUGAUCGAUUUGGUGCAUAUGUGGCUUGUGCCUCCCUAGUCUUCCUCUUCGUCUGCUUUGUUCAAAUCACAAUUGUGCCACACUCCAUGUUUAUGCUGGGGUUUUACCUGACCAGUUUUGUGAUCCUGACCACGGUGGUGUUUGUUUCAGUCAUUUACUCCUGUGUAAAGCUUUUCCCAGCUCCACUCCAGACUCUCUCAAGGAAAAUUGUUCAGUACAGGACCAAUAACACCAUAGUUGGAGUCAUCACCAUUACACUAGUUUUCCUGUCAGCCUUUGUCAACAUGUUCACAUGCAGCACUGUAGACCUCCUCAGGUGUGUGGCUGCAGAGUACAACAUCACCCCGCAUCAGGUGAAUAUGUGCCAUAUCAGCUAUUCUGCCUCCAAUUACAGCCUGGGAACAGCACAAGGGUUCUGUGAUAGCUCUCAGCCUAGCUGCAACUUUCCAGAGUAUUUUACCUACAGUGUCUUAUUGAGCCUCCUAGCCUGCUCUGUGUUCCUUCAGAUCAGCUGCAUUGGGAAACUCAUUCUGAUGUUGAUCAUCGAAUUUAUCUAUGUUCUCAUCGUAGAAGUGCCAGGGGUUACCCUCUUUGAUAAUGCAGAUCUCCUGGUUACAGCCAAUGCCAUUGUAUUUUCUAAUGGGACAUGGAAUGGAUUAUGUCCUGCAAGUGUGUCCAGGGUGGCCCUGAAAAUUGUGACUCCUGUAGUCAUAACAGUGUUUGUCUUGGCGGUCUAUCUCCAUGCUCAGCAAGUGGAAUCCACAGCAAGGCUUGAUUUCCUUUGGAAACUUCAGGCUACUGAAGAAAAAGAGGAGAUGGAAGAAUUGCAGGCCUACAACCGACGCCUUCUCCAUAACAUCUUGCCAAAGGAUGUAGCGGCCCACUUUCUUGCACAGGAGCGACGCAACGAUGAACUCUAUUACCAGUCAUGCGAGUGUGUAGCUGUCAUGUUUGCCUCCAUCAGCAACUUCUCAGAAUUCUACGUAGAGCUUGAGGCGAACAACGAAGGGGUGGAAUGCCUAAGGCUCCUCAACGAAAUCAUUGCAGACUUCGAUGAAAUAAUAAGUGAAGACCAAUUUCGACAGCUUGAAAAGAUCAAGACUAUUGGUAGCACAUACAUGGCUGCUUCUGGCCUUAAUGAUUCCACCUAUGACAAAGUGGGUAAAACACACAUCAAGGCCUUGGCUGACUUCGCAAUGAGGUUAAUGGACCAAAUGAAAUACAUCAAUGAACAUUCAUUCAACAACUUCCAGAUGAAGAUAGGGCUUAAUAUUGGCCCAGUGGUAGCUGGGGUCAUAGGAGCACGCAAGCCCCAAUAUGAUAUUUGGGGGAACACUGUGAAUGUAGCCAGUCGAAUGGACAGCACAGGAGUACCCGAUAGGAUUCAGGUCACCACAGACAUGUAUCAGGUUUUAACAGUCAACAACUAUCAGCUAGAAUACCGAGGAGUUGUUAAAGUUAAAGGUAAAGGAGAAAUGACCACCUACUUCCUAAAUGAAGGGCCUUCAACAAGUUAGCAGCAGUGGACUAGAUUGACUCAAGGAUGGUUCAAUUGAUCCACACACAACAGUA